AUGGAGAAUGGGAAGUGCAUUAGACACUUUCUUAAGAAAUUCGUCAACAACACUACUAUUGACGAGGAUGGAUAUCCUGUUUACAGGAGAAGAGAUGAUGGAAAGACAAUUAGCAAAUGUGGGGUUGAACUUGACAAUCGUUAUGUUGUCCCACACAAUAGGAAGCUUCUUUUGAGAUAUGAAUGGUGCAACCAAUCAAGAUCAAUCAAGUACUUAUUCAAGUAUGUUAAUAAAAGAAACGAUCGAAUAACUGCUUCGUUUUACAGCAGUGGCACAGUCGAUGCAGAGAAUGAUGAGUGUGAUGAAGUUAGCAUGUAUUAUGACUGUAGAUAUAUAUCUCCAUGUGAAGCAGCUUGGAGAAUAUUUGGGUACAGAAUCCACUUUAGAGAUCCUUCUGUGGUACGUUUGGGGUUCCACUUGCCAGGUGAGCAACCUGUUGUUUUUCAAGAUCAUGAAAAUCUAAAAGAUGUUGUUAAGAAGGCUUCUGUGAAGGAAUCUAUGUUUCUUGGAUGGUUCGAGGCAAACAAAAAGUACGGUGAGGCUCAAAGUUUGACAUAUUCAGAAUUCCCAUCCAAGUUUGUGUGGAAGCCACUACCAAGGAAAUGGUUCCCACGCAAGUCUCAUUCAGUUAUUGGACGGAUAUUCUUUGUGCCGCCAGGAUCAGGAAAAAUAUACUAUCUUCGAUUACUCCUAAAUUUUGUGAGAGGCCCAACCAGCUAUAAGGAUAUUAGAACUAUUGACGGUAUUCUAUACCCUACAUUUAGAUAUGCAUGUUAUGCACAAGGUAUUCUAGAUGAUGACAAAGAAUAUAUCGAUGCUAUUGAGGAAGCAAGUAUCUGA